UGUUACCUUGGACUGUGACUGUUCAAUAAAAUCACGUUAUCCAUGACUGUGACUUUUCACUAAACAUACCGCACUGUUAAAGUAAUGGUCAUUAAAAUAACACCCUAUUUAGUCCAUAGAACUCAAGACAGAAAUAGGGCUUUAUUGUCAACAGACACAAUGAGACACAGGUUGCAUCUUCUUCCUUCUUCUCAAUUUCACUGCAACACAGUUAGUUUCUAAGAAAAAGAAAGUCCUGUUUGAAAGGAGAAGUGGAGGGAAAGAGAAAGAAGGUUGACAGAGUAACACGGGGGAAAACCCUCUUGUGUCUUGGGUGACUCCCAGGAGAAGGAUCUGUUAGGUGGGAUGGGACUUCAGUAUAAAUACAGGACAAACUCUGCUCCAUUUUCAACAAUCACUUGACCAAGCUGUUCAUCCCGACUCUUGGAGAAACUGAGGAAGCAGCAUCCAUGGCCAAUGCAAUGACAUCCACGGCCCUCCUCGUCUUCCUGGCCAGUCUGCUCCUGGUUAAUGUUGAAGGUCAGGUGGGUCAUACUAAAGCUCGGUGCCUGUGUCUGAAUGGAGUGGUGAAUCAAAUUAAACCUGUUCUCAUUCAAAAGAUUGUUGUGCACAAAUCCACCAUCUCCUGCCCGCACAUGGAGAUCAUUGUCACCCUGAAGGAAGGAAAAGAGAAAAAGUGCCUGAAUCCUGAGGCUCCAUUGGUGAAGAAAAUGAUUGACAAAUUGAUGUGAUCACACAUCCCAAAUGAAAAUGGUACUACACUGAAGACUGAAACGGAAGGUACUACAAUGAAGACUGAAAUGGAAGAUACUACACUGAAGAUUGAAUCAGAAGGCAUUACACUGAAGACUGCCUGAAUACUGAGUUCAAGGCCCUAAAAAGGUUUUAGAAAUGGAAAAUGUUAUUGAUAAACUUUGUAAUCUACUAGUAUAUUUCCCGGACAAAACAUUUUAGAUAGACAUAUUUUUCUUGAUUAUUAA